GGGUAUGUUGAUUUUGCACCCUAUCGUUUUUAUUGAUGUUUGUUGAAAAUAUGACCAACCAGUUGUUGUUCAAAUGCACGGGAUCUGCAUUUUGAUUGAAGGAGUGGAAUGUUAACGCAGCAAACCAACCAGACCUCUACUAGUAACCGAGGUCAUCGAGGGUCUGGUACACCUCAGAAAAAAGACGAACGUCAACAUUCAGGAAAGCAAAAUAAUAUGCAACAAGAUGCGCCGCGUUCUUCACGGGAAGGAAAUACACUGCUGGUCGGUCCAAAUUUCCGUGUUGGGAGGAAGAUUGGUUGUGGGAACUUCGGGGAGCUUCGUCUAGGUCGUGAUAUAUAUAAUAAUGAAUAUGUUGCCAUUAAACUUGAACCUAUGAAAACUCGUGCUCCUCAGCUACAUUUAGAGUACCGAUUCUACCGUAUACUUCUAAGUGGUGGUGUUGUCGGGUUUCCAUUGGUUUAUUAUUUUGGACCAGUUGGACGGCAUAAUGCGCUUGUAAUGGAAUUGCUUGGUCCAUCCUUAGAAGAUUUAUUUGAAUCAUGUAAACGUCAGUUCUCCUUGAAAACUGUAUUGAUGAUUGCAAUCCAGCUGCUUCGACGUAUUGAAUAUGUACAUUCAAAGCAUUUAAUUUAUCGUGAUGUGAAACCAGAGAAUUUUCUCAUUGGACGUCAAUAUUAUAAUAGACAUCGUACGAUUUAUAUCAUUGAUUUUGGUUUAGCCAAAGAGUAUAUCGAUCCAGAAACUCAAAAACACAUUCCUUAUCGUGAACACAAAAGUCUCACUGGUACUGCACGUUAUAUGAGCAUUAAUACACAUUUAGGCAAAGAGCAAUCUCGACGUGAUGAUUUAGAGGCCUUAGGUCAUAUGUUUUUAUAUUUCCUACGUGGUAGUUUACCUUGGCAAGGUUUAAAAGCUGAAAAUCUACGUGAACGUUAUCAAAAAAUUGGUGAUACGAAACGUGCAACUCCUAUCGAUGUAUUAUGUCACGGUUAUCCGGAAAUGGCUACCUAUUUACGAUAUGUUCGAAGUUUAGAUUUUUUUGAAGAACCCAAUUAUGAGUAUUUACGUUGGGGAUUCACUGAUUUAAUGCAAAGAAAAGGUUGGGAAUGUGACUGGGAAUUCGAUUGGUGCAGUCGACCUUUACCUGGAUCAAAACCUUCAGGAUCUACUCAUACAUCGGGAGGACAAGCGGCAAAUCCACCUUUGGCAAAUGUUCCUACUGGGAAUGCUGGUUGUAUGAAUAAUGGUGUACAAAACACAUCUGGACUCACUUCCCCUACUCAUCACCCUGUGAAUGGUAAUCGGCAAAGUCCUGGUGCUAAUGGUCAUAAUGCAAUGGGAUUUACUGGAACACCUUUAUUAGGUCCUGGCACAUCUCAUUGGCCACCUACUGGACAAUCAAACAAUGCACCUACUUUUAUCAAUGAAGAUGGCGGUACAUCGCCCAAUGAAUUAAGAUAUAAAGUUGAUGAAUAUUUACCUUCCUAUUUUGGUCAGCAAACAACAAAUCAAAAUGCUGCACAUACCGGUCUUCUUGGCGUAAACAAAGUUGGUUCACCUAAUGACGGUAUUGUCGAUGAUGAUAAUGAUAAUGGUGGACCUGUUGGUGUUGUUAGCAGUGGUGGUGGUGGUGGUGGUGCUGUGCCCACUUCAAACUCUAGUGGUUUACUACCAUAUGGUGGCGGCGGUGGUGUAUCCGGUACAAAUACUGGCGGUGUUGCACAUGUUCGAAAUAUAACCGAUUUAUAUAAUGGUGGUGGUGUUGGUGGUGGUGGUCCGGAAGAAACUAUGCCUCGAGAUAUUGAUAAUAAUUUAGGUAUGGGAGUUGGAAUGGCAAACGAAUCAUCACCUGAAAAUAUGGUUGGCGCAGAACAAGAUGAUGUACAAAGCAACUCUGGAUGCUGUGGAUGCUUUGGUCAACGGGCUAAAAAUCGGAAUCUUCGAUCGCAAUUUAUCUAGAACUAUUAUCAUUUUUUCUUGUCUGCCUCGUACAGGAAUGAAUAAUGGUGCAUAUACAUAUAUAUAUAUAUAUAUAUAUAAUGUGUAUGUUGUUUCUUUCCCUGUUACACUCUGAUUGUUUGCAAUUUUCCAUUGAUCCAUUUGAAUGGUGUAUUGUUCUGAUGAUUACUGUUGUUGUAUCAUAAGUGUAUAAUAUGUGUGCGCACAUGUUUAUUUGGUUCUACUUCCUCUUGUUUGAUUGGUUUCUUUUUUUUUAUACACACACACACAAUAACACAAUUGUGACAUAAACCUUGUUUGAAUGAUGAUGAUGAUGAUGAAUUAAUUAUAUAGAGUUCAUCUCACUUGCUCCACCAACCCAUCCAUCCUCCUCCUCCUCCAUCCAGCGUAUUGUUAUGUGUUUAUUAGCAUUUACUGCAUACUACUACUACUACUGCUACUACUACUAACUAACUACUAAAAUGACAACCACAAUGUAAUCAUAAUUGACAUGUUGACGAAGACAAUAUUAAUUAAUACCGGACUAUAUAAAAAAAUGCAUAUA